AUGUUCUACUGCACGUUACCUCCAGUAAAAUCGAGCCAAAUCUCAUCGUCUGUUGGGAGCAAUAGGUUGUCCAAUUUAUUUGGUGCCUGGUUCCAGCAUAUUCUGAAACAACCCUGGCAAUUGAUACUCAUUGGGUUUGUCUCAUUCGCGUUGGCCUGGCUGUUCAGCUGGUUUCUUCAAGAGAUUUUGGGCUUUGAUGUCAACUGGUCUGUUGCUUUGGCCCAAAAGGCAUGCCGAUGUUCCGAAUGGGUACAUCUGUCUACGAGUUUGAUGGUCGGAUUUGCCAGAAUCGCAGGCUAUCUAUGUGGUCUUGCAUUAGCUCUUCAGUUGAACCCACCGUGGACAAAAUCUAUAUCCGAUGCAUAUCUGAGCAUAGCUGUGGUUUUCACAGCUAUAGUUGCGUUCUAUGGCACAAAAGUUUCUGAAUCGAUUUGUCGUAUGGCUGUGGAAUCAUGGGCUUCGUCAACUUCACACUCCACACCUGCGAAUGCACCCAGUUCCACGCUACUUCUCAGUUCUGUGUUCGAGGCCAGUAUGGGACCUCUGGUCGCUGUCUGGUUUAUUCCCUAUUUUAUAAAUGUGCGAGCUUCACCGAAAAUGUGA